UCCAACGGCGGCUCACCUGCGCCGACCACUCCCCGAGGACAAGCAAGCAAGGAGAUCAACACAAUUAUCGAAUUUACGACCCAAGAGUUUGAAUUGCCAUUAAAACCUCGGAUUGGCACGUUUUCACCCAGCAAACGACCUGAUGGCUAUGCCGAGAGAUGUGUGGAUCACAUCAACUUCCUAUUCUUUCGCAACCGCAUUGUUAUGUACGAUGUGAUCAACCAAUUCCGCAAGGACAGAGCAGAAGAUUGCAUCUCUGGAGACCUCCUCGAAGCUUUCUACACUCGCACUCGAGACGCUGUUUACCUUGAGAAGCACAAACCACAGCUGGGAGAAUUGCGACUGGAUGAACCCGCGCCUCAACAAGACCCUCGGUUCACAAAGCCUGCUCCAAAGUUGUCUUUGACACAGACGAAACUCAUUCCGACUAUUAAGAAGAACUCGAACUCGAGUCAUGUCAAAUUCAUUGACACUGAGAACCAAAGCCCCAAACAAAAGCUACUCCCAGCCAACCACUCUUUUCUCUUCGAUGAUCCGCCUGCUACUCGAGGUACCAAACGUCUUUCCGAUCAAGAUUCUUGCAGCUCCUCAAAGUAUGUUCGCCCCCAGCAGCAGCGGCGACAGCAGCCCUCCUUCGAUGAUCACUUCUCAUGCAAGAUCAGCCCCUCCAACCCCAGUUUCACCUCCUCAGUCCAGACCAGUGCGGAUCCAAUAUAUCUCGAACAUGCGAAUCAGAGUUUUGCUACCACUUUUGCUACUUCUUUUGAUGGUACAUGUGACGACUGGGAUUCUUCGGGCGCCGACUAUGGUGGUGAGAUCGAUCCUUCUCAGAUUGAACGAAUCAUGACGAGCUUUGAUGGUGAUCCCCCCAAAAAUUCUGGAGUAGCCAUCAAUGAGCCGUCGGUCGAACGCCAAUACUCGACUGAUGAUCAGUCUCAUAGUCACCCAUCUGUCACAUCCGCAUCUUCUCAUACAAGAUCGGCGAAUGUCCAGUUACGAGCGGAAUAUGUAGCGGCUGCGAAGGCGCCAUCACUGAAGAAGACCACUUUGUCGUCGAAGGCGCUUGAGCAUAGACUUGUUCGCACGCUGCCAACUGAUGGUCUCUUUGGUUCGCCCGUGGCUAUCAAUGUCAAUUACUCGUCUUUCCAUCAUCUCUGGGAGAGCUAUCGACUUGCGGACACUACUGGCGCGCCUUUUCUUUACUCCGCGAACGAAGACGAGCUAUAUCAAAACAUACCUGCUGGCACUCGGUUCCAACGGACGCCUGCUCCAGUAUGGGAUGCCACGACUGAUCCUACGCAGUCUGCAAACGUGAUUCUGAAAGCCAAUCUCAACUUCAACCCGAGUGCAUCGGCAGAGAAGCUGUUGACUCUUUCGUUGCAACCGCUCAAGUGCGAAAGAGCCUGCAGACUGCAGAGACGCUUUGGUUCCAGCCGCUUUCUCUACGUCGAAAUCCCACAGGUACAUACAUUCAACGGCGUCCACCUCAAGGGCCAGCAAGAUCUUCUCAAACUGAGAUAUCAAGAGUGGAUGGACACUGAAAAGGAGUUCCUUGGUCGCGUAUGGCGUGUCUUUCAUGUACAGGAUGUCAAGAAGAAGAACAGCAAAGACAACUUGCCAAGUCAGCGAUUGGUGCUCUUUGCUGUUGAUGGACCUCGUUUGCAGAAGAUCAGCCUUUACGAAAUCCUCGAUUGGGCCAUUCCACUGGCAAAGAAUGGUGACCAGAGAUUCUGCAAGGCAUACGCUCGAUUGGACCUGUUCCUCUCCCAAACAAUCCCAACAGUCAACUUCAACAACAGAGAGGUCAGGUACAUUAAGGACAUCUUGGCUGAUGGCACACUUGAAAGUGAUGAGUUCAACGACCGUCGUAUGAGGUUUGAUUACCGUUCUGGCCCAUCCGACGACAGAGCUGUUAUGAACGAUGGCUGCUCGCUGAUCUCGGUUGGCGCGGCAAAAGAGUUGUGCGAAAUUCUUGGAAUCAAGGGUGUUCGUCCUGUUGCCUUUCAAGGACGAAUCAAUGGCUGCAAAGGUGUCUGGACGAUCAGCGCACCAUACGACACGACCGAGCCAAAGCACAUGAGAAGAUGGAUACAUAUGACAGAAAGUCAGCGCAAAGUCAUGCCGAGAGAUGAGGACUUCACAAACAGCUGCGAACCUGACAGAUGGUCAUUCGAACUCGUCAAAUACACUAGUCCACCGAAAUCUUCGACGUUGAACUUGGACUUCAUUCCGAUUCUACAGAAUCGUCACGUUUCUCGCGACACAUUGCGACAAGUCAUCGAGACUCAACUGGAUAUGGACUUCUCUGCCUUCUUCGAAUCUCUCAAUGAUCCAGUUAGCUUGCGUCGUUGGUUGCAUUCUGAGUUCAGUGGCAUGGAAGAGCUGAAUCGAAAGCUCAGUAUUAGAGAAGUUGGCAACUUUCCUUCCGAUUGGGUAGAAAAGUCCAUCCUGUUGCUUGAAUCUGGAUUCAACCCUCUAACAAAUCAGUAUCUCGCAAAGUGCGUUCAGCAAGUCGUCAAGCUAUGGCUUUCCUCUGUACGGUCCAAGCUCAAGAUCCAUCUCGGCAAGUCUGCCAUGGCAUUGGGCGUGGCUGAUCCGACUGGAUGCUUGAAGCCUGGAGAGAUCCACAUGUCUUUCUCUGAGACCUUCCGAGGCGAGGUGUCUGGUGAAGUCUGGUCACAUCUCAAGGGAGAGGUGCUGGUCGCAAGACAUCCUUCUCUUCGAUGCUCCGAUAUCCAGAAGGUCAGAGCUGUUUACAAGGAAGAGCUCAGUUAUCUGACUGAUGUUGUGGUCCUGGUCAUUGAUUCUGCGAAGAACGGCUACACGCUCACAUUGUGCGCUUUCAACGACUUUGUCAGAAGAAAGCUUGGGAUCAAAGAGGCCUUGUGCAAACCAGCCUAUGAGUCUUGGAUGAAACCCACACCCGGCAAUACGGUCAAUCCCCCAAAGCCCAACCUCAAGCACAUCAUCGACUAUCUCCUGUUCGAAGUCGUCAACCCUCGUAUUGAGCAGCUCACCGAAGAUUGUAAAAAGAAGCUAGACGACGUAGAAAGUUAUGAUGAGGAUUUGAUCAAGCCUUAUCAGGACCGACAGACUGACAUUGAUCCCAUUGUUGUCGAUCUUCUCAGACGCAUGAACGCCGAUCUGGCACCAAUAAACUCCAUCGGCAGCUCAGCAGAGAAGAUGAGCAAUCACCAGUACACAAUGCAAGCGAACCGCGUCCUCGAAGCAUAUACAGCAGUGCAGCCCAUCCACACCGAAGAUCGGGUCGUACAAGAAUGGCUCAAAAGGACAACUUCCAACUCUCCGAACGUCUGGGAAUUGAUCAAAGCCUCUGCAUAUUACUUUGACAAGCACACACACCGACUGACACUGGCUUUCUUGGUUGCUGGCAAAGAGCUUUGCUAUAUCGAGGCUAUGGCUGGACCUGGAAGCAGAGUUACUGUUGAGGACUUAUAUGCGACAUAUAAGCCGAAGAAAGAGAAGAAGGCGAUCAACGAGCGUCAAGUUCCUCUGCCGAUCACUGAGUCUUCGGAGUCGAGUGAGGAGGAGUUCUUCGAUGCUCCUGGG